AUGAGUCGGCAGUUUAGCUCCCGGUCUGGGUACCGGAGAGGAGGGGGCUUCAGCGCUGGCUCUGCUGGAAUAAUCAGCUACCAGCGUAGAACCACCAGCAGCUCCUCACGCCGAAGUGGAGGAGGUGGUGGGAGAGUUUCAGGAGGCUUUUGUAGUGGCGGUGGUGGUGGUGGUGGUUUUGGAAGUCGGAGUCUUGUUAAUCUUGGUGGCAGUAAAAGCAUCUCUAUAAGUGUGGCUAGAGGAGGUGGACGUAGCGGUUUUGGUGGUGGUUAUGGGGGUGGUGGCUUUGGGGGUGGUGGGUUUGGCAGUGGUGGUGGUGGUGGGUUUGGCAGUGGUGGUGGUGGUUUUGGCAGUGGAGGUGGUUUUGGUGGAGGUGGUUUUGGGGGUGGUGGUUUUGGGGGUGGUGGUUUUGGGGGUGGUGGAUAUGGGGGUGGUUAUGGGCCUGUCUGCCCCCCUGGUGGCAUACAGGAAGUCACCGUCAACCAGAGCCUUCUGCAGCCCCUUAAUGUGGAGAUUGACCCUGAGAUCCAAAAAAUAAAGUCUCGAGAAAGGGAGCAAAUCAAGUCACUCAACAACCAAUUUGCCUCCUUCAUCGACAAGGUGAGGUUCCUGGAGCAGCAGAAUCAGGUGCUGCAAACAAAAUGGGAGCUCCUGCAGCAGGUAGAUACCUCCACUAGAACCCACAAUUUAGAGCCCUACUUUGAGGCAUAUAUCAACAGUCUCAGAAAUCGAGUGGACCAACUGAAGAAUGAUCAAUCUCGGAUGGAUUCGGAGCUGAAGAACAUGCAAGACACGGUGGAGGAUUACCGGAACAAGUAUGAGGAUGAAAUCAACAAGCGGACAAAUGCAGAGAAUGAGUUUGUGACCAUCAAGAAGGAUGUGGAUGCUGCUUAUAUGGCCAAGGUGGACCUUCAGGCCAAGGUGGACAACCUGCAGAGUGAUAUUGAUUUCUUCACAACAAUCUACCAAGUGGAGCUGUCUCAGAUGCAGACCCAAAUCAGCGAAACCAAUGUCAUCCUCUCCAUGGACAACAACCGCAGCCUCAACCUGGAUGGCAUCAUUGCUGAGGUCAAGGCCCAGUAUGAGGACAUAGCCCAGAAGAGCAAAGCUGAGGCAGAGUCCGCAUACCAGACCAAGUAUGAAGAGCUGCAGAUAACUGCUGGCAGACAUGGAGACAAUGUGAAAAAUACAAAGAUGGAGAUUUCCGAGCUGAAUCGCGUGGUCCAGAGACUUAGAUCUGAAAUCGACACUGUCAAGAAGCAGAUCUCUAACUUGCAGCAGUCCAUCAGCGAUGCUGAGCAGCGUGGGGAGAAUGCUCUCAAAGAUGCCCAGAACAAGCUGAACGACCUGGAGGACGCCCUGCAGCAGGCCAAGGAGGACCUGGCCCGGCUGCUGCGCGACUACCAGGAGCUGAUGAACACCAAGCUGGCCCUGGAUCUGGAGAUUGCCACCUACAGGACCCUCCUGGAGGGAGAGGAAAGCAGGAUGUCUGGAGAGUGUCCGCCGAACGUGAGUGUGUCUGUGAGCACCAGCCACACCAGCAUCAGUGGAGGCGGCGGCCGAGGAGGUGGAGGUUACGGCUCUGGCGGCGGCGGUGGUAGCUACGGUUCCGGAGGUGGCUCUGGAGGUGGCAGCUACGGCUCCGGAGGUGGCAGUUAUGGUUCCGGAGGUGGCAGCUACGGCUCUGGAGGCGGCAGCUAUGGCUCUGGAGGUGGCGGCGGCGGCAGCGGCGGUGGCCGUGGUGGCUAUGGCUCCAGCUCUGGAGGAGGCAGCAGUGGGGGCCACAGAGGUGGCUCUGGAGGAGGCGGCGGUGGUGGCAGCUCUGGAGGCUCCCUGGGAGGCCGGGGAUCCAGCUCUGGGGGUGUCAAGAGCUCUGGUGGUAGUUCCAGCGUGAAGUUCAUGUCCACCAGUUAUUCCCGAGGGACGAGAUAAAGCAGUGCUCUCUAUCCCGUUAGCUCUAGCUCUUCCCCUCCAUCACUACCAAAUUUGCUUGGCAAGACCAAGGUCAGUUGUCCCAGCCUUAUUGGAGAAAAGAGCUAUGGUUAGUUACACUGGCUCAUCCUACUUCCCCAGCUCUUUCUUUUCUGCUCUGCUUCCCAAAGAAGUUUUCAGAUCAGUGGCAAUCUCAGUUCCCUGGCUAUGACCCUGCUUUGUGCUUUGCCUGAGAAACAGUUCAGUAAUUACCACCACACACAUGACAUUUCAAAGCACCUCCUAAAGCCAGCCACAGACCACAGACCAGUUCGACCCAGGGCGUCUUUGCCAUGCACAGAGCAAUUGCUCUGGACAGCUCCUCAGUAUCCUGUCUCUGUGAUGCUUUGGUUUUGUACAUAAGGUGUAAGCAAGUUGUUCGUCUUUUGUGGAGAGGUCUUAAACCCCCCAUUUCCUUGUUUUGCUGCA